CGAGGUGACGUCAGCGCUGCCCGGGGAGUCGCGGCGGUGGCGGUGGCGGCGGCGGCUGUGUCCGCGGAGAGGCCGGUCCCGGAGUCGGGUCCGCAGAGGGUCCGGAGCGGGGUCGACCGAAGGCUGGGAACUCUCCGAGGUCCGGUCCCCGAGUCGCUGGCGCUGGGCCCUCCCCGGGACAGCCGCGGAGGCCGCAGGCGGGCAGCCCGGCCACCAUGUCCACCUUCCGGCAGGAAGAUGUGGAAGACCACUACGAGAUGGGGGAGGAGCUGGGCAGCGGCCAGUUCGCCAUUGUGCGGAAGUGCCGGCAGAAGGGCACCGGCAAGGAGUACGCGGCCAAAUUCAUCAAGAAGCGGCGCCUGUCGUCCAGCCGGCGCGGGGUGAGCCGGGAGGAGAUCGAGCGGGAGGUGGACAUCCUGAGGGAGAUCCGGCACCCCAACAUCAUCACGCUGCAUGACGUGUUCGAGAACAAGACGGACGUGGUGCUCAUCCUGGAGCUGGUGUCCGGCGGCGAGCUCUUCGACUUCCUGGCCGAGAAGGAGUCGCUGACCGAGGAUGAGGCCACGCAGUUCCUCAAGCAGAUCCUGGACGGCGUCCACUAUCUGCACUCGAAGCGCAUCGCUCACUUUGACCUCAAGCCAGAGAAUAUCAUGCUCCUGGACAAGAACGUGGCCAGUCCCCGGAUCAAGCUCAUUGACUUUGGCAUCGCCCACAAGAUCGAAGCAGGGAACGAGUUCAAGAACAUCUUUGGCACCCCGGAGUUUGUGGCUCCUGAGAUUGUCAACUACGAGCCCCUGGGCCUGGAGGCUGACAUGUGGAGCAUUGGCGUUAUCACCUACAUCCUCUUGAGUGGUGCGUCCCCCUUCCUGGGGGACACCAAGCAGGAGACGCUGACCAACAUCUCGGCCGUCAACUACGACUUCGAUGAGGAGUAUUUCAGCAGCACCAGCGAGCUGGCCAAGGACUUCAUCCGCCGGCUCCUGGUCAAGGACCCCAAGAGGAGAAUGACCAUUGCCGAGAGCCUGGAGCACUCCUGGAUCAAGGCCAUCCGGCGGCGGAACGUGAGGCGGGAGGACAGCGGCAAGAAGCCGGAGCGGAGGCGCCUGAAGACGGCGCGCCUCAAGGAGUACACCAUCAAGUCGCACUCCAGCAUGCCCCCCAACCACACCUACAUCAACUUUGAGCGCUUCUCCAAGGUGCUGGAGGAGGUGGCGGCGGCCGAGGAGGGCCUGCGCAGCCUGGAGCACAGCCGGCGCCUGUGCCACGAGGACGUGGAGGCGCUCACGGCCAUCUACGAGGAGAAGGAGGCCUGGUACCGCGAGGAGCAGGAGGGCCUGGGCCAAGACCUGCGGCGGCUGCGCCAGGAACUGCACAAGACCGAGACGCUGCGGCGCCAGGCCCAGGAGGAGGCCAAGGGUGCGCUGCUGGGCGCCAACGGGCUCAAGCGCCGUUUCAGCCGCCUGGAGAACCGCUACGAGGCGCUGGCGCAGCAGCUGGCCUCCGAGAUGCGCUUCGUGCAGGACCUGGUGCGCACCAUCGAGCAGGAGAAGCUGCAGGGCGGCCAGUGCGGGCUGCGCUAGGCGCGCGCGCAGGGCCCGGGGCGCACGGGGGCGGGGGCGCACGCCGCCUUCCCUCCCCCGCUCGCCUCGCCCUCGCCCGCCUCCCGCUUCGGGCUCUGGGUCCGGCUUUGCCCCCCGCCCUGAGCUUUGCCCUUUGCCUGUAGGGUUGGCCACUUUUUUGGGGGGUGUUCCCCGGGGAUCACCGCCCUGGGUCUGGGAGUCCGCCAAGGGCCAGUUCCUUCCACAUGGCGCUGGCCAGGAGCAGCUCGGACUGGCACUGGCGGGGUGGGGGCGGGACUCCAACGUCCUACUCCGCUGGGAGUUGCGGGGCCACCUGGGGCCUCUGUGGGACACCGGAGCCCCCUUCAAGUUGGGUAGUGGCCGCUGACCUCUCCCACGUUCCCCCAGCUCCGCCCCUUCGGUCCCUGACCCUGCGCCGAGUGACAGUAGCCCAGGAGGAGUUGGGGCUCUGGGGGAGCAGGUGGGCGGUGCCAGGGUCUUGAGUCUUGACGCUGGAGCCUGCGACAGGGACGCACCGGGACGCAGCAGCCCACACCCCAGAGGCACAUCUCCGCCAACCAGGGACCCCAGCCCCGCCCCAGCUCCCGACCCUUCCGCCCCGCCGACUUCCUUCCCCAGCGCCACCCCGUGAGCCCUCAGGGUGGCUUGUGUAGUCAGAAGCCCACUGGACGUAGUCGGCUGGCUGGGCGCCCCCCAAAGCCUGUGGACACCUCGGGCAUUCUCGUUCAGGACCGCUCGGCGCCGCAAGGUGGCGCCCUCGAGUUGGUCUGGCCCUGGGAAGGAGGCGCUGAGGUCCGGGGACCUCUGAGCCCCGCGUGCCCCCAACCCGACCGGGGAUCCGAGGGCAGUUCUCGAGGCCUGGGCUCGCUCGGGUCUGCAGAGGGCCCCCUCCCGUCUGGAGAUCCCCCAGUCGCUAAGCGCAUUUCUGCAAACUUGCACCUGCCGCAGUUGAAGGAAAUAAAGACGGUUGUGCUCGUC